UUAAUUAUCCACAUUAUAGCCACAGUUCAUCAAAACUGACUCAAUAUGCUUUUUCCCCAGCUGACAGGUUUUUGUAAGUUAACAGUUUUUUUAUAUUAACAUUUUUCAUGGCAGUUACAGUCCUAAUUGACUGUAAAACAUUUUAUAAAAUAUGUAACUUCGAACUGAAGUCCAUACACUUUCCUGUUUCAGUCAUUUAUAUUUUUACUGAAGUACAUGAAACAUAAUUGUAUCAUUGGCACAGUGCAUUAGUUAUGUUUACAAAUAUAGUUUAAAUAUUGUUUUAACCAUAAAAAAAUACUAUUUUUUUCAAUUUUAGAAAACAGAUUACAGAUUACAGUUAACUUCAAAACUCAUCACAAAAACUACACGCCCCAGAAAUCCACCACUAAUCUGAUUGGCUGGCGUCACACUUUUGUGUGUUUUUGGCUUCUGUGAUUGGUUUACUGCUGUGGUCGUAGAUGGGUCUCGACGUUCUCACACAACAGCAUCAGAAACGAAAAUGGCUGAAGAAGAGGUCGAGCAAACUUCUGGCAUUCUUCAGGAAAUUUUCACUUCGCCUCUGAACAUUAGCUUGCUAUGUCUCUGUUUAUUCCUUUUGUACAAAAUCGUCCGCGGAGACAAGCCUGCAGACUUCGGCCCGGUUGAAGAGCCGUUGCCUAAACUAAAGAAAAGAGAUUUUACUUUAGCAGAACUGCAGGAAUACGAUGGACUGAAAAACCCCAGAAUCCUGAUGGCUAUCAACGGGAAAGUGUUUGAUGUCACGAGAGGAAAGAAGUUCUACGGACCAGAGGGCCCUUAUGGGGUCUUUGCGGGCCGAGAUGCAUCCAGAGGACUGGCCACAUUCUGUUUGGAGAAGGAGGCCUUGAAAGACACUCAUGAUGAUCUUUCAGAUCUCAAUGCUAUGCAGCAGGAAAGCCUGAGCGAGUGGGAGACCCAGUUCACACAGAAAUAUGAUUACGUUGGGAAGCUUCUUAAACCGGGAGAAGAACCGACAGAGUACACAGACGAUGAGGAAGUCAAGGACAAAAAGAAGGAUUAGAACACAGAGAUCACAGAUCAUGUUAGAUAUAUGAUAAAGCUUUGUUGCAGUCACAUUUUGCUGAUAGCUAGACAGCAACCUCCAUGUCAUUUUAUAUACAUCACUGUGACAUUAAUUAGCACGCCAUACGUUCAUAAACAGAAUUUGAUAUCACUGUGUUAAUUAAACUAAUGUAGGAUAUGUUAUAUCUACAGCAACUGUGACUCAUAAUCAUGUCAUUUGAAGAAUUCUUGGUAAAUUAUAUUCUUCAGGAAUUUAUGGUUUCCUGUAAAUAUAGAACACAAUUUCUCAUCUCAAUUUUUUAUUUUGAGUGUUGACUCCAGAUUUUAUCUAACAAGAGAACAUUAAAACCAAAUACAUAAAUAAACAUCAAAAUACACUAGAUUGCUUUUAAAUAAGUGCCAUAGUAAAAGUUGGAGUGGUGCUGUCAUUCAGGGUUGAUCAUUAAACCAGUUUCUCUGAUACAGAUUAAGAUUAGACCCAUGCUAAAGAGGGUUUCGAGUAAAUUUAUCACAUGCUAGUCUUAACAUCUGCUCAGGACAUUUGUAGAUUAGAUACACGUAACAUUCCAUGAGAUUAUGUUUUCAACUUUUGUUACCAAGACAAGUGUUUGCAAAACAACUUUUCUGUUCAUAAUUUUCAUUAUUAAAGAAUAUGAUUUAUUAUCA